GUCCCCGAGUUCAAGGCCGCCUUUGACGAGCUGGACGAGGACGGCUCGGGCGCCCUGUCGUUCGGGGAGCUCGCCAACAUGAUUCGCAGCCUGGGCACGUACGCCACGGCGGGCGAUGUGGAGGCCAUGUUGUGGGAGAUCGACAUUGACAACUCGCACAGCAUAGGCUUUGACGAGUUCGUCAAGUUCAUGGUUUAUGCGUUCUUCGAUACC